AUGGCUGGUCCUCAGAAGGAGAAGGAAGAGGAAGUUAGAAAGUCCAUGAUUGAGUACGCCAAACAAUGGGGAGAGAAUCCUGCUCCUGCAACUCUUCUUGCAAGUCUCACCUUCGCACAACACUAUAGGCCAUUUCAACCGCUUCCACUGCUCUUCCCGCCGUUGCUACUCUUCUCUUCCUAUCUCAGUGUCCUGGGCUACAAAAUUGACAGCGCCGGAACGACUGCUGCUUUAAGUGGAACAUAUUGGGUUCUAGCAGGAAGGAGAAAAUUUCACUUCAUGAAAAAGUUUGGUGCACGAGGAAUUGUCAGAGGGUUGACGAUGGGCUUGUGUCUGAUGAAUGUUGUCGGCGGCGGUCUUGCAUACAGCCUCGGGGACAGGGCGAAGGAGGAAGAAGAGAGAGGAUCUUAA